UCCUUCGAAUUCGUCGUUCAUUCGUUUUUGACUAUCGCGUGUCGUUCGCGAAAUUUUACUUGUCUGCUUCAAGCGCAGAAUAUUAUUUGAACAGUAAUCAUGCCACCGAAAGGGGGUUCAAAGCUGAAUUAUCAUGUCAAUUAUAGAAUGAGAUGUAUUCUUCAGGACGGGAGAACAUUUAUCGGAACCUUCAAGGCGUUCGACAAACACAUGAACCUUAUUUUGGUUGAUUGUGACGAGUUCAGAAGAAUAAGACCAAAGAAGGGAUCAACCGAUCGGGAAGAAAAGCGCACUUUGGGUUUAGUAUUGCUCAGAGGAGAACAUUUGGUUUCCAUGUCUAUGGAAGGUCCGCCACCGCACGAGAAGGGAUAUGGUGGCGGCCCCAUGGCAGGAGGUGAUCGCGGCCCAGGACAGAGCAGAGUGGCGGGAAGGGGUAUGAGUGGCCCAGGUGGUCCUUCACCAGGUUUAAGGGGACCGGUACAAGGUAUAGGUGGCCCAGCACAAUCAUCUAUGAUGCCUCAGAGAGGACCUGCUCCAGGGUACGGACCUCCUGGGAUGAGAGGUCCACCACCGGGAAUGGGGCCACCACCUGGCAUGGGAAGAGGGUAUGGCCGAGGUUAUGGUGGUGGAUAUUAGAGCAUGGACUUGCAUCAAAUCAAAAUGCCAUUGUGUUAAUAAUCGAUCUUGAAAUGAACUGUGGGCUUAUUCGGCUCUAUGUUUUUGAUGACCCAUUGAUAUUUUUUGCUGAAUGCUGCUAAACGUUUGCUUUUCAGUUUUUACUUGAUCACUGGCAAUUUUAAUUUUUUUUUUACCACAUUACAUUGAUCAUUUUGAAUAAACACUGAGUAAUGUG